AUGGCACUGAGCUCACUCGUUGAAUUCGUGAUUCUCGUCGUGAAGAACCCAUGUUAUCAACAAGACGACGCAUCUUCUUCGAUUCAAGAGAUUUCGAUCUCAGCUUCUGAAAUUGCUUCCUGGGAUAUGUCAGAGAUACUCUCUUACGGAAGUGUAAAAGUUCGAGCUCAUCGAACUAGGCUUAUUCAGGAAUCCUCGUAUUUCCAUGGCCUUCUAAGCGGAAGCUUCAGUGAAUCAGGCCUUGAUCAUAUCUCUGUUGAAUGGAACCUAGAGAGUUUCUUGAAUCUUCUCAUGUGUUUGUAUGGUUACGAUAUAGAGAUUACAUCCAGUAGUUUCUUACCUCUAUUUGAGUCUGCACUCUACUUUGGGGUGGAGAAGCUUCUCUCUAUAUGCAAAAACUGGCUUUCAGUGUUGGCAUCAUCGAAUGACAACGCAUUACCGAAAGUAGAAUUAUCUGACCUUAUUCAGAUUUGGAGUUUUGGUCUCGAGCAUGCUGGAGAAUUUGUGCCAGAUCUCUGUGUGGCCUAUCUUGCAAAGAAUUUCAUGUUGGUGAAAUCUGAUAAGUAUUUUGGAAAUGUUCCAUAUGAGUUGUUGAUGUGGUGCGUUAAACAUCCUCACCUGACUGUACACAGUGAGAUGGACCUUGUUGAUGGACUUCUUAUUUGGCUUGAUGCCGGUGGAAGAUUGUCUGACUUACCAGAGAGUAGUCAAGAUAACACAAUCAACUUGAUGGAACAGGUCCGUUUUAGUCUUUUGCCGCUGUGGUUUAUUGCAGGAAGAAGCAAGUCUCAUGGUUUCUCAAAGUUUGCUGAUCAAAGCAUUGAAUUGGUGACUAAACUAAUGAAAAUGCCAUCCACAUGCUUGGUCGAUAGUCUAACCGAUGGCCCUCCAACUGAUGUUAGAGUUCGGCUGACUGAAUACAGUGAGAUAUUGGAUCUCUCAGGAUGUCCACAGUUAAAUGAAGCCAGCCUGCUACUGUCAAUACUGCCUAACUCGUAUUUCGCAAACCUCAGGUGGAGGAAGAGUUUGGAAAGUUUCCUAAAGAACCCUGAUGACGAUGAAAGACAUCAAGAACAAAUAUCUCACAGAACUUUACCAAUUUUGUCUUUUGAAUCGGUGAAAGAGAUUGAUAUUUCCAAGUGUCAGAGGCUUGAUUAUAAAGUUGUGAUCAAGUGCUUCUCUAAGUCAUUCCCAUCAUUAAGAAAACUAAGAGCUGCUUAUCUCUUAAACAUCAAGGUGUCUACCCUGCUUGAACUUCUCCUGAAUUUUCGCGAGCUCACUGAAGUUGAUUUAACAGUUGAUGUCUCUCCUAUAAUACCGGUUCAAGCAUCUGUGUUUUACUCUGGCCAAGGUCAUUGUUUGCUAUCGAGUAUCACAAGAUUAACGCUGGAGGGUAGAAGUGACAUAUGUGAUAUGGAACUACGGAGCAUCUCUAGAGUAUGUGAGUCGUUAUGUUACCUGAACAUAAAAGGGUGUGCACUACUCUCAGAUGCAUGUAUAGCAUCUGUUAUACAGAGGUGUAAAAAAUUAUGCUCUCUCAUAGUUUGCUAUACCUCUUUCUCGGAAAAUUCGAUUUUGGCACUAUGCGCUACUAUAUCUAUGACCAAUGAGCAUAUGGAUAUAAAUUCAGUAGCAUCCAAUCUUCAAACUCUGCACAUGAGUAAAUGCGAGGGAAUUAGUGAGACGUCGCUUCUUAACUUGAUAACUCAUUCACAGAAAAUGAAAAGUCUUUGCUUAAGGGAUACAAAAGUUUCAGACAGUGUGCUAUGUGAAUUCCCCGGCUCUACCUUGGAAGCACUUGAUAUUUCAAAUACCACGAUAUCUUGGAUGGCUCUUGCUCGUGUAAUUAGCAGAAAUCCUAAUCUAAAAACCCUCAAAGCCAGGGGAUGUAAAAAUCUACUCCAAUUAGAAGUUGACGGCAGAACUGACAAUUUCUCUCCGUUGGUUUCUGGUCAAGAGGUGUUUAAAUGUUUAAGCAAGGGGAGUGGAUUGGAGGAGCUUGAGAUUGGUUGGGGGUUUUCUUAUUUCUCUUUUGAGUCUUUGAGACCUGCAGCUUCGUUCCUACGAGUUAUAAGUGUGGGUUUGGGUGCUUCCUUAGGUGAAGAUGUUUUAAAGCUUCUACCUUCAACUUGUCCUUUGCUAGAGUCUAUCGUCCUCCAUUUUCAGGAAAUAUCUGAUUCUGCCUUGACAAGUGUCCUGACAUCGUUGAAGCACCUGCAAGAGUUAGCUUUGUCCUAUUGCUUCGGUGAAAUAUCCCUUCAAAGUUUCAAGUUCUCUAUGCCGAACCUGAGAAAACUAAGGCUUGAGAGGGUAACUCGUUGGAUGACCAAUGAUGAUUUACUUGUUCUCACACAAAGCUGUCCGAACUUGACCGAGCUUUCAUUAGUAGGAUGUUUACACUUAACUUCAGAUUGUCAACCUAUCAUCUCAGCUGGAUGGCCAGGAAUGAUUUCUCUUCAUCUAGAGGAAUGUGGAAGUAUAACAGAGAAUGGUGUCGCUUCUCUCUAUGGUUGCAUUGCUCUUGAAGACCUUUUUCUUCGCCACAACGGCUCUGGAAUACAGAAAAGCUUCCUUCUUGAUGCUACUUUGAAGUUUCCGAUGCUCCGGCUGGUAUCUCUGGACAUGUGUGAUGCAAAGGAAGGCGGUUUUGAUGUCCCAGAGGAGAAAGAAGAAGGUCGUAGUCUAAGCAUAGUCAAGAUCAGUAGAUGCAAGUCUGAUAGAUGCUCGCUGGGAAGACGUGCGGCUCCAAUGCAUAGAGAGACGCUGGUUAUGUUAUGGAAUGGCCAAACCCUCACUAAAACACUGCUCAAACAAAGACUUUAAUCACCAACACUCUAGACUUUAUGUUUAGCCGAAAGAUUUUUGUUUCGAAAUUUAAAAUUGAAGUUUGGUCGGUGUAGUUGUAGAUUAAAUUGUAUGCAACUUUACUUGACCAUCCUGUAUAGAAUGUUGUUGACCAAACAAACUAGAGAAAUUCAUUUUCAAGUACAUUCGGCAAAACUU